CAAGCAGAUUGUUCGUCAGGUUGAUAAUUCAAGCACAAUCAUGUAUUCUUCAAAACAGAUCGUUCUUAUUGCAAUUUCCAUAUUCGCAAUUUUGAUCGACACUGAAGUCUCCGCCUCCGAAAGCUCUGAUUCCAAAGCCACAUCAAAUGAAGCCACAAACCAAUACCAACCUCUUUAUGUGGUCAAGAAAAUAAACAGGUAUUAUAUCGUCGACUCAGCCACUUACAAGGACGUGAUGAAUCAGCAGAUUCAGUCCAACUUGAAAUUACCAGACGAAAGAAAUAAAAUGCUAGCAGCCUGUACGAAAACACCAAUCACCGAUGACAGACUUCUCGAUAUUAUGCCAGUGGGUGAGAAACAAAUCGUCGAUGGUUAUCGUUGCGAAGAGCCUGUUGAAUUCUUUGUGAAGCAGAAAUCCCAAACAGAUGAUGAACAUUAUAUUAUUGGUUUUAUGAUUUACGAUGAUGAUAAGGGCAGCAUCUCGGAUAGUACUCUUCUUUCAGACCUACCAUUGACCCAUUACCCUAUAGAUUUGAUAAAAGUAGCUCUCGUCAAGACACCGAGCGAUUACUUCAACUUUAAUAUCGGGAAUGAUAUUAAAUACGAAAAUUACCUAAACAUUAAUACCAGGCACGAUAUUAAAUACGCCAAAAUGCUAUCAGAAAAUGAACAUUUGGAUCAAAAUUUACAAAACCGAGGAAAAUAUGAAAAGAAUAUCUCAGUUUAUGGAUAUGAUAUAGAUGCAGCAUAUGAACCAGAAAACCAAUCGAAAUACAUCAAAGCAUUUUUCGAAUCCCCGUCAAACUACAAAUUAGUCAAGUUGCAACUAUCUCGAGAAAACCAAUCGAAAUUUAUCAAAGUAUUUUCCAAAUCGGAGUCAGAGUCAAACUACAAAUUAGUCAAGUUACAACUGUCUCCAGUAGGCGACUUCUUUUUCGAAGCACAGAAACGAGCUUCAUUCAAUAACAUCAACACAACACCAGUUUGGGAUAUUUUAAUUCCAGAAUGGCAUCAAUUGGAAAAAUUUAUAAGACGAGUAGCUGAAGUAGUCGGUGACUUACAAAUCAUCACUGGAGGAAUCGACUCUUUUGAUAUUCCUAACCCCGAAGACGGUACACAAAUCGAGUUUUACAAAUCAGAAAACUCGCCAGCCAUACCAGUAUUUGAAACUAUUUUUAAAGCUAUUUCAUUCAGCCAAAAAAGCCAAGACAAUAGGUGGAUUCGUCAAGGAAUCGUAUUCUACUUGAUCAACGAUCCGAGAGAAAUACGCGACUUUCCGGACAUAUUGGCUGAAGACAAUGGAUGGAAGUAUCUAGAAGAUCGCUACCCCAAGCCGAAAAUAUUAGCAAAACCCAUGGAUCGUGACACAUUGGACAAUAUGGGCGUUACAAUCAGUUACACUUAUGAGAUUUUCAAUUUGAAAGAAUUCAAGAAGUUUUCUAAAAAUGAACAAGGCGAGGAAGUCAUUAUCAAAGUCGAUCUACUUGAGGAAAUGGAGAAGAAUAAAAAAGCGAAGGCGAAGGAGUCUCCCAAUGGGGAGGAAAUUUUAGAAGAGUAGGUAAAUUUUUCUGAAAUAUAAUUUAAAUUAGCGUAGAGUAGAUAUGAGUACCUACC